GGAAGAGGAAGAGCAGCAGAGGAAGGGCCGGGCCGGGCACACAAAGGGGCUGUCCGUGGCUCUGGCCGGCCGCCCGUCGGUCUGUGCGGGCGUGCGGCGGGGAGCGGCGAUGGCGCUGGCGGCCGUGAGGGGCUGGGCGCUGGCGGCGCUGGCGGUGCUGGUGCCGGGCCCGGCGGAACGCGGCCGAGCCUUCGCCGUGCUGCAGAAACAGAACCUGGUGUUGCUGGGCAGCAUCCUCAGUGCUCUGCUCCUCACCAUCAUCCUCAUGGCUGUCUGUGUCUACAAGCCGGUCCGGCGGCGGUAGCGUAGCAGAAUCUGAUGGGUCCCUCAUGGAGAAGCUCUCCCAGCCUCGCCCCGGUUCAUCCCAGCUGGCUGCAGCCAUCCUACCGCCUCCAGCAGGCUGCUCUGGUGCUGUGUGCGCGGCUUCGCAUCCACACGGCUCGGCUCUGGUGUCACCUUCAGCAGCAGCACGGCUGGGUGUGGGAGGUCACAGCCAGCAGACUGAGCCCCGGACCUGCAGCAGACCCAGGAGGGCUGGGGCAGGGUCUGUAGCACUGCACCUUCAUCCCAAAACCGCAGCGCGACGGCAGGGCUGCUGCGACAUCCUCAAGAGUGCCCUCGGGGUGUCGAUGUGAGUGCCAGGAGCGCGCAGGGAGCGUGACCUGCUGUGACACUUGUUCUGCUCAGUGACCUGGGGGUACCAGACCUUGAGGUCAGGACAGGAACCUGGCCAGACUGUAGCCAUCACCCAGGCUCGUGUGCUCCACUGCCCUGCAUCUGCUUUUGCCUCCUGAUUCGUUCAGUUCCUUGUGUGAAUGAUGAGUCUGGAGGAUUGGUUCUGCAGCCUUCAGAAGUAGCCUGAGGGCAAAAGCACAGCCGUGGUGGUGCAGGGCUGGUAGGUGCCUGUUUGUGAGCAGAACUCCUGAAGUGUGAGCAGACCUGGGGGUACUGGUUGAUGAGCAGCCAGAGUGUAUCCAGGUGGCUGGGAAGGCUAGCAGCAUCCUGGCUUGCAUCAGCACUGAGGUGGCCAGCAGAACCAGGGUAGGGCUUGUCACCCUGUACUGGGCACCAGUGAGGCCACACCUUGAAUCCUGGGCUCAGUUUUGGGCCCCUCCAAGGAGGACACUGAGGGGCUGGAGCAGGUGCAGAGAAGGGCAACAAAGCUGGGGAAGGGUCUGGAGAACAGGGCUGGGGAGGAGCAGCUGAGGGAGCUGGAGGUGUUCUGCCUGGAGAAGAGGAAGCUGUGGGGAGGCCUUCUAGCUCUUAACUCCCUGAAAGGAGGCUGGAGCCAGGUCUCUGGUCUCUUCUCCCAAGGAAGAAGUGACAGGACAAGAGGAAAUGGCCUCAAGGUGCACAAAUGGAGGUUUAGGUUGGACACGAGAAACAAUUUCCUCUUCUUGAGGAUUGUUGAGGGCCAUGCCUUAGUGGUGCCCUGGCAGUGCUGGGUUAAUGUCUGGACUGGAUGAGCUGAAAGUUCUCUUCCAACCCAAACAGUUGCUUCUAUGAUUCUGUUCUGUGACCCUGCUGUAGCUGUUCAGGGACACAUUUGUCAUUCCUGACAUGAUUUGCUCUAGCUCUUGGUUGAAUACCAUCCCAGGCUGCCAUCCCAGUAACCUUGCUGAACUGGGAUGCUGGCAAGGGUUUCCAGCUUGUGCUGAGCACUGCUUUCCUGACCAGGUCACUCUCCUCCUGGAAACUGGAACCUCUCAAUGUCCACCAGCCCAGGAGAGGCUGCUGGGCUUAGGCUCUUGGGGUGUGUGUGGUGGUGCAGCUCCAGCAGCAAACUGAAGCACAUCUCCACACCCAUGCUGCUAGUUUGGUUUGCACUGCCCUGAGGCAUAACUGGAUUUUGCUGAUUAAUUAUUGCUUUGGUAUUUAACAGACUGGGAGGGGGAGGGAGGUUGGGGUAGUAAUUUAUUUAGUGUUUUGAACCUUGAUUUCCAGAGCAGCUGUGGUGGUCCUGUGCUGCAGGUGACACGUUUGGGUUGGAGGACACUGACCUCUCGUUGUCAGAGGGGAUUUCCUUUGGGGCUAUUCGUGAAAGUUGUGGGUGUCUCUUCCCUGGAGGUGUUCAGGGCCAGUUUGGAUGAAUCCCUGAGCGCCCUGAUCUAGUGGAAGGUGUCCCUGCCCUUGGCAGGGGGCUGGAACUAAGUGAUAUUUAAGGUCUCUUCCAACCCAAAGCGUUCUGUGAUGCUGUGAAGUGACAGUUGGAGGCUGUAGUGAACACCACUGAUCCAGGUGAAGCAUGAGAGAGGAGGGAAGGUGACACUGCUCUGUCGCUGGCUGCUCCUUUCCUUUCUGUGGGCACCGAAUGUUGUGCCCUUCACCCGAUGUAAAGCUUGGCCAGGAGCUGGCUGCUGCUGAGGGGGUGGUUGGUGCAGAGCUUCCAGCUCUGCGUUCCCCAGAGCAGAGACCUUGUUUGUGUUCACUCUUCACUCCCUCCCACCUCUUUGUACAAAUAAAAAGCCAAGUAAACAA